CGACUUAACCUUUGGCUGCAAAUGUGGCAAUGUUAAUGGUUGUAUUUAAUAUAUAUAGUAAAAUAUUUCUUAGAGUAGCAGCAGUCUUUAAGCAAACAUGAAGGUAUUUGGUUGUAAUUUUCCGCUUUUUGUACUACUGUUGGUAGUCGUUCUCAUUCAAUGUAUUUACUGUAAACCUAAUCAUCAUGGUAAUCAUGGUAAACAUGGUAAUCAUGGUAAUCACGGCAAUCAAGGUCACCAUUCAGUUGUAAAGAAGCCUGUAAACCACGAUGUUGCAGUACAUACAUGCCAACCUGGCGAUUACUACAUUAUCUCCCACUUGUUGGCUUUCUACGUUGCCUACUCCACGAAAUUUCUCGGUUACGUUGUAGAUGAAAAGUGCCCUGUUGCUAUUACUGCGUGUCACACUUUCGUGCAUAAGGAGGGAGAUUGCACCUACUUCUGGAAAACAUCUACAGGAACUAUUGAAAUUAUUCUUGGGGCUGAUGAACUUGACUUCCUCCUAACUAAUUUGGCUGGUGUUGAUGUUCCAACAAUUUAUAAUGAAUUGAUUGGUGCCAAUGGAGCUAAGUUAUCACCUGAAACGGCAGCAUUUGCCGAGCAAUUCAAAACCAUAUUGAUUACUCUUUUGGAUCAGACUGUAAUAUGGAAGUUUUUGGCAAAUUUCAACGGAGCAAUAAUUUAUCACGAAAUUUUCCCACCAAAGGGAGUUUAUCUCGAUGCUAAGACAUCACCCCUUUGUGAUUUGGUUAACGUUAAAACCCCAACGGAAUUUAUUCUAGCUAUAGAGGAUAAUAGUUCGAUUGUGUCCACCCUUAGAGCGGUCAGCAUUUACCCAUAUGUUGGUUCUAAUCAAAAAGACUAUGUGCUGCCAGAUCACCACGAAUGUUGGAAAUACAUUUUUGGCUAUUUGUCCCUGAUUGAUACUCUUCCAGCUGAAAUUCAGUGCAUCUUUGGGGAAGUUGGACUUUCCAAAUAUACCGGUAACAUUGACAUCAAUGCUCUUGCCCUGAACAGUCUUCAUGUAGGAGGAAUGUAUGAACUUAUACAUGAAUGGUUGUACAAAGCAUGGCCUGAAUAUAAACAAUAUUACGGACAUUAAAAAUAUGUUUAACAAAGAACCGAUUGAACCAUGUAAAAGAACCAAAGCAAUGACAACGAAUUUUAAUUUUAAAUACAGCAGAUUAUAAAAUGA